UGGUCAAGUUUUUGAAUAAACUUGUGCCAUUCAUAACAAAACGUUUGGCCCGUAUUAUCAGUCUUUAAAACUUGUUGACGACACCUUGGAAAGUGUUUAUCAAACCCUUUAGAGUAUUCAUGCUCGGUUGUAGUGGACACCAACAACCAUGAAACGAGGAUCCAGCUCCACAAAUUCAAGGAGCAGCUCUGACACCCGCCGGUAUCACAUGCGCGCUCCCACCUCUCAGGUUGAUGAAAGCCUGUUUGGGAGGUCAACACAGAUAUCAGCCUCCAAGGCCAAGAAUCAGUCCCAGAAGAACCAAGAAGGAGAGACUGUUCAAAUCAUCACCAAUAACCUCAUCCGUAACCUCAGGAUCCCAUUUAAGGAUCCUUCAAGAGAGUCCAUCAUACUGCCAUCAGCUGAGUUCGAGCGGAUCACCUCAACGUCCCGGGUUCUCACCAAGAAACAGAAGGAGGCCCUGAGGGAGGCUCAUCAGAGAAAGAAAGAAGUGGACAUUAGAGCUGCAGAGGAGAGGAAAUGUCAGAUCUAUGAGGCAGACAUGUCCCGUAAGGACAACCAGGCACUGACCGAGCUGGAGCGUGAGGCCCAGGACCGUGCCAAGAGCUUGGUAGAGAAGGCCAGUGUCUCAAAGAUGGAGCAAGAGCAGGAGAUCAAACAGCUCAACACGCUGAUUCUGGGUGCUCAGUGUCAAGCCACACGUGAUGCCCAGAUCCGAGAGAAGAAACAGAUCCAGGCAGAGUUGUUAGAGGAGGAGAAGCGUCUGGAUGGCAUGAUGGAAGUGGAGCGCAGCAAGGCCUUGGAGGCUGUGGAGCUGAAUAAUGAGCUGCGCAGACAGGAGAGAAUUGGUGAACUGCAGAAAAUUCAGAACCAAAUCCAGCAACAUCUGGAGGAGAGGCAAGUGGAAGACGUGAUGAAAGAGAAGGAGAAACAGCAGAUACGGAAGAACCUGGAGAAAAUGAACCUGGAGGACCUCAAGGCCCUGGAGAAGAAGAGGGAGGAGCGGAAGCGUCUGCAGGAAGAGAUCGUUCGUAUCAAUAAUGAGACCGUACGGGCCAAGGAGCGGAGGAGAGAGGAGGAGAGGCUGGCUGACAUGAGAGAUGUGGAAUAUAGACGAAACAAAAUGAAGCAGCAGGCUGAAUAUGAAGCAGAGCAGAGAUGGAUCAAGAAGGAGAAGGAGUUGGAGAUUACCAAACUGAGGGCCCAGCAAAGAAAGGCAAAAAACUACAAGGCAGAGCAGGACGAGCUCCGUGCUCGGAGGAACCAAGAAGUCAUAGAGAGAGAAUGGAGGAGAAAAGAGAAAGAGCUCACUGAAAAGAAAGUGCAGCAGGCAGAGAUGCUGAGGACGGCUCGUCUGGAGCAGGUUCGCUGCAAAGAGCACCUCCUGGCGAUGGAGGCUGACCGGGAGAAGGCAGAGUUUGAGAGGGUGCUGAAGGUGCAGCAGGAAGCACUCAUCAAACAGGAGGAGGCGGAGGAGAAGCAGCGUCAGAAAGCACACCGCUACUCAGAGACCAUCCGAAAUCAGGUGAAGGCACAUGAGCUCUCAGCCGCAGCACAGCGCAGAGAAGUCUUUAAGGAGGCUGACAGGUUAAUGGAGGAAGCCCGGCAGAGACGUGUGCGCCUGGAUGAGGUCAAAAAGAAGAAGCUGAAGGAGCUCAGGACUACAGGGCUGUCUGAAAUAUACUGCAGUGAAGUGGAAAGGAAGGCCCGCGCUUGUUCACUGUGA